CUCUGUGUCCCAGCUGUCUGUGUGUCCCUGCCCCACAGGAGGUGGAAAUGCUGGCCGAGCCUCUAACAGGGUUACCUUGCUGGCAGCUACACAGAGAGCAUCCCAGGUGUCUCAGAAGAUGAAGACCAUGACACUCAAGGCAUGCAGGAAGGAAGAGAAGAUGGACAGGGGGUUUCAGAAGAAAUUCAAGUUCGAAGGCAGCAUCAAAGUCCUGACUCAGAUGAUGGUCGACCCUGCAGCGACAGAGAAGAGGGGCAGAGCGCAGAACCUGCCACUGAGACCGGGAGAAAUCCUUGAUGUCAUUCAGUUCACAAAUCAGGAGCAAAUCCUCUGCCGGAACAGCCAGAGGAGGUAUGGCUACGUGCCCCGGGCCGUGGUGCUGCCUCUGGACACUGACAUCUAUGAUGACGUUGAGAUUUAUGGCUGAGCCAACCACGCUGAGGCCAAAGGCACAAGACAGCGCCACAGAGACCCCAAGGGCUGAAACACCAACAGCACCAGACACCAGGCUCCUUUUGGGAAGGAGCUCUGCUUCCUCUGAGAAUGCAAAACCACCG